AUGUUCUCAGGCAUGUUCCGCAGGCGGCAGGCCGUUGACCCCGCUGCCGCCGAGUCGCCCGCUUCAUACGAAGUGCCUUUGUACACCAACGCGGCCUACUACCCUAACUGGCGCGUUUACAAGAAACAGCCUCCUUCAUCACUGCGCUUGGGGUUUAUUUCUCACGUAUUCUACGCUUUUGCUUGGGUCAAAGACGAUGGCACAAUUUAUUUGAGUGAUGAGUGGGCCGAUACUCAGAUGCCGGUUGACGGCACCGAAGGCUGUCUCCGCGCUUUUGUCCAGUUGAAACAGCAGUACUCCAAAAUGAAAGUCAUCCUCUCCGUUGGUGGUGGUGGCAAAGGAAGUGAAAACUUCCCGGCUGUUGCUCACAGUCGAGCUCGUGUGGAAACGUUCAUUCGAAGUGCACGAGCAUUGGUGGAUGAGUUUGGGCUGGAUGGCAUUGAUGCUUACGGCAAGUGGAAGAGAGACGCUGAUGAUUAUUAUGUAGUGGAUUGGGAACAUCCCGCAGAUCUCAAGCAGGGCAAGGAUUACGUUCGUCUACUAGAGAAGCUGCGAGAGGCGUUGCCUGCUCCACGCUACGUUCUGGCCUCCUGCCUGCCCGCCGGUCAAUGGGCCCUCCAAAAUAUCGACCUCGCUGCAGCACAUAGGCAUCUAGACAUGAUCAACCUCAUGGCCUACGAUUUCUCGGGGCCCUGGGACCCCCAAACCGGCCACCAGGCCCAGCUCUAUGGCUCACCCAUCUCAGGUUACUCGGCAGUUGAUUAUGUACUCUCACAAGGGGUACCUUCACGAAAAAUCAUCCUGGGUGUGCCAGUGUAUGGGAGAUCGUUCCUCGGCAGCAACGGUCCUGGUCAGAGGUAUACAGGUACCGGCGGAGAGGACGGCGUCUUUGACUAUCGCGAUCUUCCGCGACCUGAAGCUCAAGAAUAUCAUGAUAAAGAGGGCGGUGCCGCAUCUUGUGUGGGGUCGGAUGGAGGUUUUGUGACCUAUGAUAUCCCUGCGACGGUACAGCAAAAGGCCGAAUUUGUGACGUCGUCAAGGCUGGGAGGUUUGUUUUACUGGCAUAUUUGCUCUGAUGCCCGAGGCCCACGCAGCCUCAUUGAAACCGGGUAUAACACUCUUCAUGAAAUGUAA